UAGGUGAUGGCACAGUCUAACAAAGACUGUGGUGAUGGUGUGAAAUUGUAUCGAUUGAAAAAAAGAAAAAUUUAGUGACGAAUAAAUUCAUUAGUUAUAUAGCUGAAAACAUUUAAUACAUAGCAUGGAGAGUGUCUACUCCUGCCAGAGUGCUAUACGUUCACAAGAAACGCCGUAUCUCUGUAGUAUAUGAGUGAUGACCCGUACGUAACCUCUCUCUCGUUACUAGUUUGGGCGUGCGCAGAUUGUGUGUAAACAAUGUCGAAAGUUCUGCCGAGACUACAUUAUUUGUUCAGAAAUAGAAGUAGUCUGAUGACAAGAACAUGCACCGGUGUCAGAAUGUACGCUACGGACGAUUCAACUAGUACAACGACGAAGAUUCCAGGUGGAAAAGAAGAUGGGAAGAAGGGAAAGGGUGGUCCAGUAACCUGGAAAACAGUGGGUAUCACAGCUCUUGUAGGUGGUUCCCUGGCAGCUUUUAUGCUCCAUUUAAAGAACGAGAAACAACAAGCGCGCGACCGCGAGAGGAAGCGGCAGCUGGGCAAAGCGGCCAUUGGCGGUGCCUUCGAGCUCGUGGACUGCGAGGGCCGGCCGCGCUCCAGCCGCGACUUCCUGGGCCAGUGGCUGCUCAUCUACUUCGGCUUCACGCACUGUCCCGACAUCUGCCCGGACGAGAUCGAGAAGAUGGUCGCCGUCAUCGAAACUCUCGACAAGCUGGAGGACGUGCCGAAGGUGCAGCCGCUUUUCAUCACAGUGGACCCGGAGCGAGACACGCCCACCGUCGUGGGCAAAUACUGUGCCGAGUUCUCGCCGCGCAUAAUCGGGUUGACCGGCUCGCCGGAACAGGUGCAGCGUGCCUGCAAGGCGUACCGCGUCUACUCGAGCGCCGGCCCUCGCGACGUCGAAGACGACUACAUUGUGGAUCACACCAUAAUCACGUACCUGGUGAACCCGGACGGGGAGUUUGUGGACUAUUACGGCCAGACGCGAACUGUCGAAGAGGUCGCAAACAGCAUCCAGUUCAACAUGGUCAAAUACAGUGAGGUGCACAAGAAGUCGUGGUUCUAGUUUGCAGCGCCAGCGGAGUGCUGGCAACGCACGGCACUCGGCGAGCCGUAUCGCAGGACAGUUGCCGAACCGAUCGGAAGGCGGCUUGUCGGUAUCGAUCGGUGGCGGCAACGGGACGUUCUGUGCUCUCGUUUUAAGCCCGCCAGAUCUUCCAGAAUUUGCUUGCACUUUGGUCGGGCUCCUUUCUAGUAUCGCAGUCGGAGGCAGAAGCGGGCUGUGAAUAGGAAGAAGAGUGAAACGAUCACUGCAAGUAAUAUUUCGGUGGCGAAAUACGUCUAGUAACACGCAGGCAUUAGAUCUGUGGCAGAAACCUCAGGCGAGUUGUGGAUGAGAGAGAAAUGUAUCGAUCGUGCUUUUUGUAUGCACUCUUUAACAAACAGGAUGUGGUUGCACAUUGUUCUUCUACAUAACUCUCUAGAAAGUAACUGCAGGCGAAAUAAUUACUAUUUCUAAAAAUUUUUUUGCAGCGGAAGUGUAGUGUAUGAGACUAGUAUGCAUUUCUCAGUGUUCUUUGAGAAAAAGGUGACUGUAUACCACACAUUACAUUUUCCUCACCGUCAAACUCCGUACGGUAAACGCGUAUAUUUCGUAUCGGCCCCGCUCGUACAGACUGCCGAGAUUUUCUUCCACCGUUCCAGUAUUUUGUCGACGACGGGAUUUGGAGGUCAGUACCCACACGAUACCUACCUAAAGGAGUAAACGUGCUGUUCGAAAACACUGAAAAAAAGUUGACUUUGGAAUGUUCUGAGUACUAAUAAAUAUAAAAGUAUAAAAUAUUUUGGACAUUCGAAAGAGAGUUGCGUGUAGCUCAGUACGUAGUGUUCUAGUAUUGUAACAGCAGUGUCGUCAGUCCGAUUGCCGCUACAGUCGACUUUAUUUUUCUUUACCUUUACACGAGUUGGCUGUGGCGGCCUGGUGGCCCGGGCUCUAGGGGUCCUGGAUGUUUCUUCAUUCCUGUUUCUCCAGGAAGGCCUCAGGUCCACUCACCCUGCUGCACCCCUGUUGGUAAAGAAUGAGCAGGCCUAUGGGCUCCACACACCAGUAGGAAGGCUGUAAUGCACCUGCAGUCGGGCUCAUAGUUAGGUCAUUGACUUUACAUUUACCUUUACUUUCAUGUGAACGGUAUAUUUAUUAUCAAAUUGAAAUACGAAUUAACUAACCUCGGAUAAAACAAUGGAAAAUCCGGGAUGGAAUGUAACGAUAUUAUGAGAACGAAAGUAGCUACUCACCAUAUAACGGUGCUGCCGAAUCGCAGAUAGGCACAACAAAAAGACUCUCACAAAUAAGGCUUUCAGCGAUUAAGGCCUUCGUCGACAAUACACACACACACACACACACACACACACACACACACACACACACACACACACACACACACACACACACACAAGUGACUGCAGACUCAAGCAACGGAAACCACACUCAGUUGCCUGAGACUGCAGUUGUCUGUGUGAGAUAUGUUUGCGUGUGCGUGCUUGCACGUGUCUGCGUGCGUAUGUGUGUGAAAGCUUUAACUGUGAUAGUCUUUUCGUUGUGCCUAUCUGCGAUUCAGCAUUCAAACAUUGGAUCAUAAUUUUUUAAUAAAACAACCUGUUAUUUUUAUUUAAUAACUGUAUAAAAAUGCAAGUGCCCACAAUACAUAAAAAUUUUUCUUAACAAAAUUAUUGUUAAACGAAGUACAGGGUGAUUCUUAUUAAUGUCUAAAAACCUCGGAAUGACGUAAGUAACGCUGAGGCAAUUAAUUUAAUAUAAGAGACACGGGAUCAGAAAUGUUGAGAAAAACCCAAAACAUUUGAUGACAAAUGUCGAAUGUGUGACAUCGUCUCGCUGCACGUGCAGCAGUUGAGCCCGUCGGUCCGUCGCACCUGAUCGCCCCGACCCGAGUCGAGUAUUCACUUUGGUGUGGUGCCGUGCCUGUGUGCACAGCUGUAGUGCACGGAGCUUGAGGGUUGAGUCGUCUGUCUGACAGGCAGUAUUUUUUUCAUUGCGGAAGACAUUUAAGUCUUUCCUUUGAGGUAUUAAUUUAUUUAUCGGUCUCACAGUCUAUGCUGAUUUAUUGCAAAGUACAGCACAACAAAGACCGACCAUAUAACGCCACAAGUAAAUCAGUAUAAGCUACCAAAUUGCAUCGUUACCAGUAAAUGGCCUAUAUUUUCUUUACAACUAAUUCACUGUAUACAACUAAUUAACUGAGAAUAAAUAACGAAGGGGGUAAAGGAAAGAAACUUGAAAUAAGGACAGCUUUUGCUCAGUUAUACCGACUACAAUAAUCUGGCAUCUUCUACAUUAGGACGGAUCAAACAGUGGAAAAUCCAGAAUGGAAUGUUAUUGUAGAACAGUUCACAUUUACAAAAGGUGUUCAAAAUUUGCACCAUUUGCUCAAAUGCAAAUAUUGCAUCUCUCACUCAUCCAUUCACACACGCACUCAAAUAUACACACCCUAUUUUGGAUGGGACAUCACGUGUCUUAACAUUUGUCAUCCACUUUCGGGGUAUUUUUCAACAUUUGCGGCCUCGUGUGCUUUAAUUUAAAUUACUUGUCUCGGUGACAUUUACAUCGUUACUGGGCUUUUAAAACUUCGAUAAGAAUCACCCUGUAUAUGUUUUGCAUUUUUGUACCAAAUUAAAAUUUGUUACGAGCACUCACAUUUCGUGCAGUUAGUAAUAAAAAUCUAAAAAAGUUAUUUUUAUUAAAAGUUAUGAUUUAAUAUUUAUUAAUUGACAUUUCAAUUUGUUAAUAAAUGUAGACAGCAAGUGAAGAAGGAAGAAAGUUUAAAAGUUGAGAAUUGAACCAUUGACUUCGCUAAUGUGUGACUAUAAUGCUAUGCAGUGAGCUACAAGUGGCUGUUUUUAAACACACAAAAUGUUUUGUGUUUUAAUACUUAAAAAGUUUUUGAAAUCUUCAAAGUCAGUUUUUUUUUAGAACUGUAAGACUUCCGCGGCUGUACCGGUUUACUAGAUUUCUGCACAUUUCCUCAGUACACUUUCGGCGAAUGCUGGGAAGGUACGACGUACAACUCGGCAGUCAAUGUCUUACCAGGGGACUGAUGAUGACCUCAGAAGUUAACUCCCACAGUGCUCAGAGCCAGUUUCUUACCCAGUCCUCGUCGUCAUGAGAGUGCCGAGUGGUCUGUGUGUCUGACAGACGUGCAGAGGACCCGCGUUUGAUUUUCAGUACCGCCAGACAGUUUUCAUCCCGGGGGAAGACAGGAUCACUGUGGACACACUGUAGUGAGGCCCUAAAAUGGAAAGCAGCGACUCCGAGGUCUGGGAAACUGAAAAUGCCCCGAAGAGAGGUGCAUCGAUCCGGCAGCCCUCUGUUCCACGUCCGAAUGACACCGUGAAGCGGGGAAUGACGAGGAAGCUGGCCGCUAUCGUGUGGACCUCUGAGCUUGCUCUUGAAGUUUCUUUUUACUAUUCCUCGUGUGAAUGGGCUGGCAGUCUUCCUCUGACGUCCAGGGUCAGGUGACGUGAUGACCUUGCCGCACGAGGUCUGAACCCCUAGCCCACUGCCGGAUGUACAAUUUUUUUUGGUCAUUUUCCUAAACUAAUUACCUGAAGGCAGUUUCUUUCAGAAUGGUUCAGCCUUUCGCUGCCUCAUUCCCAUUUGUCCGUGCUCUCUUAUCUGUAACAACUGUAUUGAGAAAGUCAAAAUCUUCUUCUUUUCUUGUAAAGGCUUUGUCUUAUCACUGCUACUGUUGUCCCCUGUCAUGUGGUGUCCUCUUCAUUUCUUGAUAAUUUUUGGCCUUUUUACAUAUAAUUUUAACUCUGUAAAUGUCCACAAAGUUUUGUUUUCCUUUUUUAGGCAACUGAUCUCAUUCAGAAUAUCUUCAUUGGUUUUUCUUUCUUUCCGUCCGUCUGGCCCUCGUUGGCCUUCUCCAAAGUUACAUUUCUGUAGCUUCAGAGUGCUUUGUCUGACCGUGAUAGGAACCAGUUUUCUCAACUGUUCAGAAGCCGCUUCAGAUGAACUCUUGGCAAAUUGCUCCCUCUCCCCCCAUACCGAAAGUCUUGUUCACUAGUUAUCUCCCUUCAUUGUAAACGUGUUUAAUUGUUGCAGCUAUUUUUCUGAGUUCCAUACUGUAUCUGUCAUUAUCUGUAAUUAACGUGCCAAAAAUAAAAUGUGUUAAGUUUUUCAUAAUGGUUGCUUACGUGAAGGCAAGCUUCAGCUGCUGCCCCUUGCAGCCAGAACUGUCAGGUACCAUUUUUCAGUGCCAUUAGACAAUGUAACAAGUGAAGUGUGAAGCAGCAGGGGUCUGUGCAGAAAGAAGGAACUGCCCUGAAGGUGGCCAGUGUGUGGUCGAAGCAGUGCAUCUUCGAGUUCUUCCCUUUCUUCUGUUUGCUAAAUUUUGAAAUUCACAACAUUAGUAUUGCUAGAGUGCCAAGUGUUCGUAUGUAAUGACAGAUGGUUGCAAAUAAGAUACAGUGUUCACAUUACAAACUGUCUCGCGUUAAGAAAGUCCUAUAAAAUUUAAUUUGAGACCACUGUUUGAACAGAAAUAUUUCAGACGAAGACUGCAGUGUCAGAAUUUCCAGUUUAGUUGUUCCUCAAUUUCAGUCUCAUUGGUCUUAUUCUUUUUUUCUAAUUCAUUGUACCUUGUGGACCAGUCUGUGCUUAUUGUAUGUUCAUCUGCACACUUUCGUAUUUUAUUCAUGUUAUGGCAUCCUCACUUAUUCUUGUCACAAUAUUUUUUUAAAAAAAUCUGUUCAAAGAAGUCUUACAUUUACUGAAUGUGAUUAUUUAGUCAGAUACGUAGCUCGUAGCAUUGCGAGCAGUUUACGGUAUUGUGCACUUGUCAGCUGAUGUCUUCAGUGGAACUUUAUUGCAUUUAUUGUGUAUGGCUCAUCUUGUUGAUUUUGCAGUGUGGUUCUGCACACUUUAUUUUCAACUUGGCCAGCUUACUGCAGAAGAGAUGGUCCUGCAGAGAUUAAUAGGAAAGAGAAAUCACGAAAUAUGUUAUUGGCAAGUGUGACGUGUCUUUUAGGUACGACAGUAAGAGAGUCUCAGAAACAGUGACUUAUAUAAAGUGCUCUUUGUCAUCUGUGUGUGCAUUGUUGCUCAGUCAGUGGUGAAGUGCCUCACAUAUGACGAAAACUAAUUAGUAAUCUGCUUUCCUCACACACCUCCCAUCUCUCUGCCACGUGUCGAGUAAUGCCGUACUGGUAGUUCUCCAAAUCUGUGUGUUCUCACGCCAGAUCGAUUCGUCACUCGAGAGAUUUGCUCAGAACUGUUAAUCCAGUAGUGUCACUUCUCAUUAGCGACAAUGUCCAGAUUUUGUAAGUAGGCAUCGGCCAUCCUCGGUUGCAGUAGAGCGGAAAUAAACCGCAAAUCCCUCCACUCGUAUGACAUAUCACAUUUUCCGACAGAGUGGAAACGGCUACUUCUCGGUUUUGAAUAAAAAUGGUGGAGCUUUUUCAUACAAUCACAUAUGCUUUGCUUGUAUGUUUUUAUAUCUGUCAGAACUUGUCCCAAUCUCCCAACAGCAGGCAGUAGGUGUCUCAUUUAUUUUGCCUCAGUUUCAUUAUGUAGAUUCUUCUUAUUUAUAGGUGAAUGUAGCUAUUUGAAAUACUGUCAUUUAAAGCCCACGAUGGAUUUUAGUUCAUUGUACGUUUUUGAAUUUUUAUUGGGGCACCUGUUCAUAUUGUUAUGAAAGUGAUUUUGGAAGAGUGUUGUCUGUGUAGUAAUUAUUUUUGAAACUAGAACUAUUAAUUAGGAUGACACUGUUAUUUUUCAGCAAAACGAACUUUUUCAUUUCACACUAUUCUGUUCAGUAUACACGUUAUAGAGAGUACACACAGUACGAGGCAGAGUCAGCUUUUUGUAGCAGCUGUGUCGUAUCACUGCAUCGCACACAGCUUGUGGCACGUAGAGAGGGCCUUCCGUCUGUGCUCGGUGGACUAUUCUGAUGAACUUACAACAUCAGCUGCCGGCCUAUUGAGGAGCUAAUGCUAAUUAGUUUUUUGCUGUCACCAGAAUAAUGUGUGCGUGUGAAGUGAAGUGUAGCAGCUCGGGAACCUGUGUCGAGUAGACAGCUACGGAGCAAUUUUGCACUGUUUAUCGAAUGUCACAGUGAACUAGUUUUCUGAUUCUGUAUUAAAUACAAAGACAGAAUUAUACGACUAUAUUUGUUUAAUUUUUGUAAACUUAAUUUGUUACCAUUUUGCGUUCAUUCUUCUUAAAGAAAUUUUUUUUAAAUAAAUGUCUUACAAUAUUUACAAACUUUUUGGUUGUUGAAGUAUAUUGGUGCUUUAGUAGUGUGUACCUAGUCAUCUUUUGGGUGGCAGUAUUUUGCUUAUAGGAGUCUGUUGUUCCUAAUUUAUUAUUUUACAUUUUGUGGACACGAAUGAUGUACACAGGAACAUCCUGCACAUAUUGUGUAUUAUCACGAUGUGUCUGUAUAAUUCUUAAUCUACAGUGCCUAUUAACAUAGUAUUUAACUACAACUAAAUAAUGUGUUAUAUUUAUGAAGCAUUUAAUUUCAAUCUGGCUGCUUGCUGUUAACAAGGAAUGAAAUUUGAGUAAAGAAUUCUAUUUGCAUUAUAA